UUUAACUAAAGAAGAGAAUGAUAAAUUUAUAGAAGAUGACUUGAAUAAUUCAAGUAAUUUGAAAAUAAUGACUAAUUGGUAUAAAAAAGUAACAUCUCAAGAUACAAUUCAUCUUGCAAAUAAUUUGGUAAUAAAGUAG